UUAUCAAAUAAAUAAACAAACACACAUACUCCGUAUAAUUUACACUUUUAUUUUUAAUAAAAAACGUACAUCUUUCAUCUCUCUUCUAUUACGCUUAAUCCAGCUGCAUUUGUGAAUAACUAAGUAGUUAAUUACACUAAUCUCUUACUUAAUCAUAAAUGCAGCAAGUUUUAACACCUUGAAUUAUUUUGUUGCUGGAUUUAUACAUCUACUAUCUUUCGAUGCAUUGUACUAGUUUUCGUGACUAAUUUUCUCUGUGUUUUUUUAAAUAUAGAUUUAAUUUUAAUAUACACAUUACAUUUUUUUUUUUCUACUUUGACGAACAAAUUUGGCAAAAGGUUAGUUUUUCUGGAUUGUCAUUUUUAUUGAAGAAAUUCAAAGAGUAUUUAAAAAUUUUUGGAAAAAAAUUUCCCAUUUAUAGUAGUGGGUUGUUGGAAGUUUUGUUGCUAGUUCUUUUCUUCUUCAGUAUAAUUUUACUAAAUUUGGGAGAUAAAGAUCCAAAUUGGCAACUGAGUUUUAAAGAAUCUUUUAAGCUAAUUGCAGAAAUAAAAAAGAAUAGAGAAAAUUAAAUUUAUGUGGCGUGGAAGUUUCAUAUACUAGUAGUGGUAAAUUAAAAGUUAGAGUUAGCACAUUACAAUUUUUGCUACAUUAUUGAUCAAAUAAAUUUAAUUUUUAUUCCUUUAAAAUAAAAAUUAAAUCUUGUUGUGAGUAUGCAAUUUUGCCAACAUCUGGCAAAUUGAUACCAGAAAUUCAAAGAAGUGCUGUAAAUUAUUUUCUGGGUUUUUGCCAAAUGUUGUGUUUUUAUGGGUUUUAAUUAAUUUUUCUGGGUUCAUAAUUUUGAGUACCUUUGAAAAUAAAAAAUUUAGCAAAUUUCGAGGUUAUUAUUUUCUGGAUCUGGGUUAUUUAUUGUUGAAGAUUAUUAAUUAAAGUCGAGUAAAGUAGGGAUUGGUAGUUGGGAUUUUUGUGAGUAAUUUAAUUUUUUUUUUUUUUUUUGAAUUAGAAGUCACAGAAUUCAUAAGUUACAGUCACAAGAAAGUUGCUUAGAGUCCUGACCAAUUGGGUUGUUUGCACAAUCCAAUUUUUAGGUCUUUAAAAGGGGAGAAAUUGGAGAGAAAAAAUAGAGAGAAGUUAAAUUAUUUUUAGAGAGAGAAAGUUUAGAGAGAGAAAAUGGGACACUCUGCUGCAGUUUGGGAUUACAGGCCUGCUCAUGAACUCACUUCUGACUGGAAUGGAAAUCCUUAUGUUAUUCUCAGAAAUCCUCAAGGUGCUUCUGCAAGGAUUAGUUUGCACGGGGGACAAGUUAUGUCAUGGAAAAAUGAACAUGGGGAAGAACUCUUAUUUACCAGCAGUAAGGCCGUCUUUAAGCCACCAAAAGCUAUGAGAGGAGGAAUUCCGCUUUGUUUCCCUCAGUUUGGGAAUUGUGGAUCGCUUGAGCAACAUGGGUUUGCCAGGAACAAAGUCUGGGCCAUCGAUAACAAUCCCCCUCCUCUGCCACCAAAUGAUUCCAAUGGAAAAUCCUUUGUUGAUUUGAUUCUGAAACCAUCUGCAGAGGAUCUCAAAUGCUGGCCACACAGUUUUGAGUAUCGUUUGAGGGUUGCUCUUGGGGCUGAUGGACGUUUGUCAUUAAUAUCUCGCAUAAGAAACGUUAAUGGAAAGCCUUUUACUUUCUCAUUCGCCUACCACACCUAUAUGUCAGUUUCUGAUAUCAGUGAGGUUAGGAUAGAAGGAUUGGAAACACUAGACUACCUUGACAACCUCUUUCACAGAGAACGCUGUACUGAGCAAGGAGAUGCUUUGACAUUUGAAUCUGAGGUGGAUCGUGUAUAUCUGAGUUGUCCAAACGCUAUUGCUGUCAUUGAUCAUGCAAAAAAGAGGACAUAUGUGAUCCGAAAGGAUGGCUUACCAGAUGUUGUUGUAUGGAAUCCAUGGGAUAAAAAAUCAAAGGCAAUGACUGAUUUUGGGGACGAAGAAUACAAGCACAUGCUUUGUGUUGACGGAGCAGUGGUUGAGCAUCCCAUCACGCUGAAGCCUGGAGAAGAAUGGACAGGCCGGCUAGAGAUUGUAGUGGUGCCUUCAAGCUUCUGCAGUGAUCAUCUUGAUCUGCAUAAAGUGCGUUUUUAAGAAAGCUGAAUUCCUAUACAUAAAUAAGGAAGUUCCGAAUUGCAAAUCGAUGCAGCUCAAUAUAGCUAUUCCUAGUUUACAGUAUUAGUUUAAUACCGAAGUAUUUCAGUUUAUAAUGUAAGGAAUUUUGAUGUCAGCAACAAAAUAGAUAGAAGAAUAGAGUAAAAUGCUGGAAUCAUUUUUUACUUCCAGCAGAAAAUGCAUUGAAGUUAAUGUAUGAAAAAUAUAGGAUGACUUUGAGAUUUACUAUAAUAUUAUAUCUUACUUGAUUUUAU